CUCACACCAACUUGGCUUCCAAAAGAAGUUGGGUCUGUUAGCCACCGGUGGUAGCAAGAAUCAUUACAUCUCCUAGUGUUUGUGCAAUGCGACCGUAGACGAAUCUCCAAAUUACAGUGGUAUCAGUGAUUAGAUCUGGAGCAUCUCAAUAAAACGUUCGUUAGCCCUGGUAUGAAAUGCAAAAAAUGCUAAGAAAGAAAGCGUUGACAUCCAGGUGGUUAUGGAACUGAUUGUGCUCUUGGAAGGACUACUUGAAAGGCUUCCGAGGUUGGCGGGAGAAAAUGUCUGAGGAACGAGAAGGAUGGAGCUUCAAGCGGACUGGGUUUCUGGCGGUGGUAAUAUGCGCAGCAGCUUGGAUAUGGCAAAUGUGUUUUUCAACUUCACCAGGAGUAAUCUAUAAACCAGAGAGUAUCUAUGAUUUCAUCAUCGUGGGAGGAGGAACCGCAGGUAGUGUAUUGGCCGCCAGACUGAGUGAAGUGGAACAUUUCAAAGUGCUUCUCGUGGAGGCUGGAGGAGAAGAACCAUGGCUCUCCAAGGUUCCCCUGUCUCCCGUUUUUUUGCUAAGGUCAAAACACGACUGGAGAUAUCUCACAGCACCCCAGAAGAAAUCGAUGGUGGCCAUGGAGGGAAGGCAAUCCUCUUGGUCGAGAGGUCGCGUCUUGGGAGGCAGUGGCACAAUGAACUAUAACAUCCACACGUACGGAUCGCCGCAAGAUUUCGACGCCUGGGAGAGCGAUUACGGGGCUGUCGGAUGGGGCUUCAGCGAGAUGAAGAAAUACGCCAAUAAAGCCGAGUGUUGGCGAUUACGGCCAAAAGUGUUCAAGGAUCAAUGUGCAUUCGACCCCGUCAAAAAGAAGCUGCCCAAGGGUUGUAAAAAUGCCUCUUCCGGCAGUGAGGGUGGACACGUCAGACAGCGUCAGGAUGCUGUGCAGUGUUACGAACCAUCGCUGAGACAUGUCACUGCGGACUCUGAACUGGCCGAGACUUUCCUUGCUGCUGGGAAGGAGUUGGGUCUACCGACUGGGAAUCUAAAUGAUGAUAUUGACUACGGGUUAAUGGCAGCUCAGACCACUGUCCAUCGAGGAAUUCGUUGGAGUUCUGCAAAGGGGUACCUAAGGCCCGCCCUCGGUAGACCCAACCUUCACGUCCUCAUCAACACCCAAGUCACGAAGAUCAUCUGGGACGGCACCCGUGCAGUUGGUGUCGAGUACGUCCAGUGGGAAAAUCCUAAGCUAAACGGGACAGUGUACGCUCGAGGAGAGGUGAUCCUGUCUUCGGGAACAACAAACACUCCAGUUAUUCUCAUGCACUCAGGAGUUGGACACCCGGAAGCCCUGUCAACAUUUAACAUCCCGCCGGUAUCUCUCCUCAGGGGCGUCGGGGCUAAUCUCCAAGACCAGCUUAAUGUCCCUAUGUACGUAGACAUCAAGAAACCCAUUUCGCUCAAUCUAGACAAGCUUCGAACUAUGGGUAACAUCUGGAAUUACUUUGUUAAUGGGAGAGGAGAUUAUGGGCGAUCAGCCGUUGAAGGCGUGGGCGUCAUGCCGAUCAAUCGGCUCAAGCCAGAGGUGGGCGUCGUUUUAAUCAACCUGAACUCCAUCGAAAAGGAUCUGUACUCAGCCAUCACCAACAUGAAGCAAGAAUAUUUCGAAGCCACUCUUCCUCAAAUGGGCAACAACAGUGCCGAGGGUUUCGCCUUCCUGACAACAUGUCUUCAUCCGAAGAGUCGAGGGACGAUCAGGCUGGUUUCCAAAGACCCACUUCAUCCACCCGCCAUCGAUCCCAACUACCUCGACCAUCCGUAUGAUAUGCACUGCUUGAGAGAUGCAUUCAAAUUAGCCAUCAGACUGUCGAGGACUAAGGCUUUCCAAAAUAUCGGUGCUACUUUACACCUCCCAAGAUACGAAGAAUGUGUCCUACGGAGUGGGAUGAGAAAAGACUCGGCAACUGAUGAUGCCCGGUCGCUUUACAAUGAGUACGUGGCAUGUGUUGUACGUAUAUCGGCUGUGACUAGUCAUAAUCCAGUGGGUACGGCCAGAAUUGGCCGGCCUGAUGAUCCAAUGGCCGUGGUGGAUCCCGAGUUAAGGGUUCAUGGAACGUCGAGACUACGGGUAGCAGAUGCCUCUGCCAUGCCUUCGUCAAUCUCAGGUUCUCCCAAUUCUGCAGUGAUCGUCUUGGCCGAGAAAGCUGCUGACAUUAUCAAGGAAACGUGGAGCGAGAAGGAUCUGUCCAGCGAAAGGAUCUGUUCAUCCUCAGAAUCCUGCGAGGAGGAGCUCCUAGCCAGUUUGUCCAGCGUGGGCCCUCUCCCAAUACACACCAGCCCUACCAUCCUACUCUCUUUACUUUCUCUCCUUCUGGCCAUCACAACUUGUUUUCUAUAACCCACUGCUUGCUACAGCUUUGAAUUAAGUUAUUGUUGUUAUUUUGAUGUAGCUGCAUAAUCAAUAAACAGAUAAUCGUUAA